GUGGUGGAUAAGAUAUCAAAUACUUUCUCCACAACAAGAGCACAGCAUGACUUAGAUGUUUCUCUGAGAGAACCUCAGAGACAGCAGAGAUAAAGAAGGCCCUGGCUGCUGAGAAAGAUGAGAAGAGGCGACACGCCUCUUUUAAAGCAGCAGUCAACGCCUUGCUUGGGAAAGAACAUGCCUCGUCAUUUUCCAAAAGUAACUCUGAGUGAGGCAGAGGAGGUGACACAGCUGCUAGCAGAGAAAGUGUACGCAUCAGCGCUAAAAGAAGAAGACAAUAAGGAUGCCUUGUCAAUGUUCACCGUGCCUGAGGAUUGCCCGAUUGGCCUCCAGCAAGCCAAGGAGCAUGAACUGCUUAAGGAGCUGAAAGAGCAACAGUCGGAGGAAAGUGCCAAGAGGAAGAAAAGCCUGAAGAUGAUUCGUUCCCAGUCAUUGUCCCUGCAGAUUCCAGUGAAUACAGAUUGGACACGCUCAGUGGCAGUUACACCUUACCUGUCCCCAAGCUCCACCUGCUCAUCAGUGCCAGAAAGCUGCCCUGAUUACCAAAGGGUUACUAUUACUGGUGACUAUUGUGCUGGGGUCACAGUGGAGGACUAUGAACAGGCAGCCAGGAGUCUGUUUAAGGCUCUGCUUAUUCGUGAGAAGUAUUCUAAGUUAGCCUACCACAGAUUCUGUAGAACCACAAGCCAGUUUCUCCGCAGUGCUGAGAACAUGAGAUGGAGUGAAGAAGAUGAGGUUCUGCCAGACAUGUGGCCAUCCCCAGCAGAUGGGGAGGAUCCCUACCGCAUGGACAACAUUCCUGAGAACCUGAACUACAAACUGAAGAUGAAGGAUGGGAUAGUGUAUGUGUACGAUAAUGAAGAAGCUCUCAAAGAACAACAGCCCCACGAUCUUCCUUACCCAGACUUGGAGACCUUCGCUGUAGAUCUCAGUCACGUACUGGCAAUGAUUGCAGAUGGGCCCACGAAGACCUACUGUCACAGAAGGUUAAAUUUCUUAUGUUCAAAGUUCUUUCUCCAUGAGAUGCUCAAUGAGAUGGCUGAGCUAAAGGAACUGAAAAGUGUGCCUCACAGAGAUUUCUACAAUGUUAGGAAGGUGGACACACAUAUUCAUGCAGCUGCAUGCAUGUCUCAGAAACAUCUACUGACCUUCAUCCAGCAAACAUAUAAAACUGAUGCCAACCGUGUAGUUUUGGAAAACGCUGGACAAAUGAUGACCCUCGAACAGGUUUUCCACAGCCUCAGCAUGGACCCCUAUGACCUUACAGUGGACUCUCUGGAUGUUCAUGCUGGGAGACAAACCUUCCACCGCUUUGAUAAGUUCAACUCAAAGUACAACCCGGUGGGAGCCAGUGAGCUUCGAGAAAUCUUCCUGAAAACGGACAACCUCAUUAAUGGAGAGUAUUUUGCUCGGAUCAUAAAGGAAGUGGCCCAUGACCUGGAGGAGAGUAAGUAUCAGCAUGCAGAGCCUCGUCUGUCCAUCUACGGACGCUCUCCUGACGAGUGGAACAAUCUGUCUAAGUGGUUCAUCCACCAAAAAGUCCACUCUCCAAACAUGAGGUGGAUUAUUCAAGUGCCCAGAAUAUAUGAUAUUUUCAAGGCGAAGCAGCUGGUACCUAAUUUUGCAAAGAUGCUGGAGAACAUAUUCCUUCCUCUAUUUGAGGCCACUGUUAACCCACAGAAGCACAAGGAACUCCAUGUUUUCCUCAAAUAUGUGUCAGGCUUUGACAGCGUGGACGACGAGUCCAAACAUACCGAUCACAUGUUCUCCUUCAGGAGCCCAAAGCCAGAACAGUGGACUAGAGAUGACAACCCGCCCUACAGCUACUACAUCUUCCACAUGUAUGCAAACAUCAUGGUCCUCAACAACCUCAGAAAAGAGCGUGGACUGAGCACCUUCCAGUUCCGACCUCACUGCGGAGAAGCUGGAUCCAUCACUCACCUGGUCUCUGCCUUCCUCACUGCUGACAACAUCUCACAUGGACUCAACUUGAAGAAGAGCCCUGUACUGCAGUACCUGUACUACCUGGCACAGGUGCCAAUUGCAAUGUCUCCUCUCAGCAACAACAGCCUGUUCCUGGAGUACUCCAAAAAUCCCCUCAGAGAGUUCCUGCACAAAGGUCUGUGUGUGUCCUUGUCCACAGAUGAUCCCAUGCAGUUCCACUACACCAAGGAACCGCUGAUGGAAGAAUACGCAAUAGCAGCGCAGUUGUGGAAGCUCAGUACCUGUGAUGUGUGUGAAAUAGCCAGAAACAGUGUGCUGCAAAGUGGACUGUCUCAUCAGGAUAAGAAGCACUUCUUAGGAGUGAACUAUCUGAAAGACGGACAUGAAGGGAACGAUAUCCGUCGGACCAACGUUGCCCAGAUCCGCAUGGCCUACAGACACGAGACACUGUGCAAUGAACUUAGCUUCAUAGUCGACGCAGUGAAGUCGGACGCUAUGAGUGGCGACCAUGAGUAAGAGGGGCCUCGCAUUUUACAGAACCCAAGCAUGCUGCCCUCUUCUAUCACUAAAUAAAUACACAAUCUAUUGUCACUUAAAUAGCAAUACUUGACUGCCUCAAAGCUAUGAGAGAUGAGAUGAUGAAAUGAAGAUGCAUUCCUUGGAUGACUGAUGGCACUUUGAUUUUCAAAGGUUCAGACAAAGCCUGUGGAGGAUCUUGUGUAAAGUCCAUGUCAUUAAACAAACCUCCUAUGUAUAAACAUCUGUACCUUACACUCCCUUCUGUAGUAGGAGUAUGUCAUAGCAACUGUUUGAAACUCGAAAUUUCAUUGUAUACAUGCCAGAUAGGAAAAUGCUUACAUCUGAGAGAGCUUUGCACAGACACAGCUGAUGACAUGAUAGUUGGAGCUGUGUCUUUUCUUUAAAUAGCUUGUUUGAAGAAGGUUUUAGUGAAAAUAAAAGAUAUUUAAAAUAAAUAUACUUUAUUUUUACUGCGUAAAAUUGUGGAAGAAAAGUUGCUGUUACGUGGGCAUUUCUUAAUUGAAACACCAAAAACUACAUUAGAAGAAUUAUAUGAAGUCAUCAAAAUGAUUGUCUUGCAAACACUGCCCUCUGGUGGUUAAACUGCAUCAUUUAUUUACAUCACAUUACAGAAAGUAAUAAACACAUACAUGCACAAUAAAUUCACUUUACAGUCAUUCUGUUACAAUACUGUCACAUAAAAUAAGGCACAAAUCUCCAUCCAUAAAAAAGUCAUUACUCAGAUUUUUUUUCAUGGUGUGUUUCCUCAAAAAAGCUCUCGAGUAAAAUGUUCAACAUGCAUCAUC